AUGAAUGCUGCGGCAGAAACCGAGUUCAAUAUCCUCUUGGCCACCGACUCUUACAAGGUUACUCACUAUAAACAGUACCCACCCAACACAAGCAAAGUUUAUUCCUACUUUGAAUGCCGUGAAAAGAAGACAGAAAACUCGAAAAUAAGGAAGGUGAAAUAUGAGGAAACAGUAUUUUAUGGAUUGCAGUACAUUCUUCAUAAGUAUUUGAAAGGUAAAGUAGUGACCAAAGAGAAGAUCCAAGAAGCCAAAGAGGUAUACAGAGAGCAUUUCCAAGAUGAUGUCUUUAAUGAAAAGGGAUGGAACUACAUUCUUGAGAAAUAUGAUGGGCAUCUUCCAAUAGAAGUAAAAGCUGUUCCUGAGGGCUCUGUCAUUCCUAGAGGAAAUGUUCUCUUCACAGUGGAAAACACAGAUCCAGAAUGUUACUGGCUUACAAACUGGAUUGAGACUAUUCUUGUUCAGUCCUGGUAUCCAAUCACAGUGGCCACAAAUUCUAGAGAGCAGAAGAAAAUACUGGCCAAAUACUUGUUAGAAACGUCUGGUAACUUAGAUGGUCUGGAAUACAAGUUACAUGAUUUUGGCUACAGAGGAGUCUCUUCCCAAGAGACUGCUGGCAUAGGAGCAUCUGCUCAUUUGGUUAACUUCAAAGGAACAGAUACAGUAGCAGGAAUUGCUUUAAUAAAAAAAUACUAUGGAACAAAAGAUCCUGUUCCAGGCUAUUCUGUUCCAGCGGCAGAACACAGUACCAUAACAGCUUGGGGGAAGGACCAUGAAAAAGAUGCUUUUGAACAUAUAGUAACACAAUUUUCAUCAGUGCCUGUAUCUGUGGUCAGCGAUAGCUAUGACAUUUAUAAUGCGUGUGAGAAAACAUGGGGUGAAGAUCUAAGACAUUUAAUAGUAUCAAGAAGUACAGAGGCACCACUAAUAAUCAGACCUGAUUCUGGAAAUCCUCUUGACACUGUAUUAAAGGUUUUGGAUAUUUUAGGUAAGAAGUUCCCUGUUACCGAGAACUCGAAGGGCUACAAGUUGCUACCACCUUAUCUUAGAGUUAUUCAAGGAGAUGGAGUAGAUAUUAAUACCUUACAAGAGAUUGUGGAAGGCAUGAAGCAAAAAAAAUGGAGUAUUGAAAAUGUUUCCUUCGGUUCUGGUGGAGCCUUGCUACAGAAGUUAACAAGAGAUCUUUUGAAUUGUUCCUUCAAAUGUAGUUAUGUUGUAACCAAUGGCCUUGGGAUUAACGUCUUCAAGGAUCCAGUUGCUGAUCCCAACAAAAGGUCCAAAAAGGGCCGAUUAUCUUUACAUAGGACACCAGCAGGAAAUUUUGUUACACUUGAGGAAGGAAAAGGAGACCUUGAAGAAUAUGGUCAUGAUCUUCUUCACACUGUCUUCAAGAAUGGGAAGGUGACAAAAAGCUAUUCUUUUGAUGAAGUAAGAAAAAAUGCACAGCUGAAUAUCGAACUGGAAGCAGCACCUCAUUAG